AUGUAUUUACUAAGAAGGGCAGUAAUAACACAUUCUCAAUUGGUGAAUAGUAGUAUUAAAAAUCCCGAAUUACCAACGAAUAUCCAAGUUAAUUUCAAACAUGGACUAGCUUCAAUCCGAACCAAACCAGAACAAGUUUUGAAUUCACCAAUUGUUGAUCAUGAACUAGAUUAUGAAAAAUUUUUAAAUAAUAUCAACGAGAAAGAUAGUCAUAAUGAAUUUUGUAGAAAUUUUGGUAUAAAGUUUUCAGAUAAAAAACUGAUGCAUCAGGUUUGCAUUCAUAAAUCUUUCAAGUUGGUUGAUCAACCUACAAGUGAACGAUUAAAUUUUCUUGGUAAAAAGGUGAUCGAGUUGUAUUCAACUGAUUAUUUUUUAAAAAAAUACGAGGAUGAGGAUUUGUCAGCAGCUAAAUUGAAAGGCAUGGUCAGAGAAUAUACAGAUAAAAGUUAUAUCAAGCUUGGAACUAUUGGAAUGAAAUUGGGAUUAAACAAGUUGAUGUAUUGGACACCACAGAUAAAUCAUAAAAAAUCAAAAAAAUCAGAGGAAAUUACUAAUUUAACAUCAUCACCACCAGGAGAAUUAAAAGUUGUUGGUAAAGUACUUUUAGCAUUUGUAGGUGCCAUAUAUCACGAUAAGGGAGCCUUGGCAGCAAGGAAAUUUAUCAAUAAAAAUAUAUUAGCAGUAAAAGAAGAAAAAUAA